AUGGCUCUGGACGAUGCGCGGAAGGAGCUGAUCUUGAAAACGCUGAUGGACCUGGGGGAGGCAGACUUCAAGUCCUUCCGGUUCUACACGCACCUGCCUGAAAGCGUACGUGAAAGUGGCGACCGAGUGGACAUUAGCAACGAGCUGGUGAAGAAGCACGGCGAGAAAGCUCCGGACGAGACCGUCAAGAUUCUGAAGAAGAUCGGUAACAACAAUUUGGCUGAGAUGCUGUGCAGCGAAAUGCUGGAAAUCAAAGUUGAUGAUCAGAUUGCCAGAUUGAAAGGGGAACUGCAACACAAGUUGCAGGUUUCAUACAACUUUGUUCCCGAGGGCAACACGGAGCACUGCAAGCAGGAGCAGCCUCUGGCGAACGUCUACACAGAGCUCGACGUCACCUACGGUGCCGACAUCGGCUCCGACGAGUGGCGCGAGGUCCUUCGGACGGAAACGUGCGCCGCGGCUAAGGCGCCUAUUCGGCCGUGCGACAUCUUCAAAAGCGCCGACGGGAGUCCGAGGCCGAUACGCACGCUGCUCACCGUCGGCUUAGCGGGAAUCGGGAAAACCUUCCUGGUGCAAAAGUUUGUGCGGGACUGGGCCGGCGGAAAUACCAACCAGGACGUGCACUUCAUAUUUCCCCUCACCUUCCACGAGUUGAACACGGACAAAGGGAAAAGCUUUACUUUGGCCCAGCUGAUCCGACGCUACGUCUGCGAGAGCCGGCACAUGAGCGAGGAGACGCUGAACAAUAUCUUUGCCGGGCUGCAGACGUCCGGGAACCGGGACUACUUAAGUAGCGGGAUCAAGAUCUUGUUUGUCCUGGACGGACUGGACGAGUGCAGCUUCAAAAUGGACUUGAAGAACGAGAUGAAAAUGGACAUCGACGUGACGAAGGCCUACCCGCUGGAGGUGCUCCUGGCCCAUCUCCUCAAGAGGAACCUGCUACCCUGCGCCCGGGUUUGGAUCACCACGCGGCCCGCGACAGUCAGCGAUAUCCCCUCCGACCUCAUCGACACCAGAAUAGAAGUGAGAGGAUUCAGCGAUUCCCAGAGGCUGGAGUACUUCAGGAAAAGGUUCCCGAAUGAGGAGCGUGUCAUUAAGCACAUCCAGAGGUCUCGCUACAUCUUCAUCAUGUGCCAGAUGCCCGCCUUCUGCUGGAUCACCGCCACAGUUCUUCAGGAUCACUUCAAAGACAAGGAGCUUCCCACAAUGCUGACCAACAUAUUCUCUGAGUUUUUGUCUUACCACCUGGUAAAGUCCAGAGAGAGACAGACUAUGGAGUCUAUCUAUUACGUGAAAAAUCUAGCAAAGCUGGCCUUUCGGCACACGAUGAAAAAAAAUCAGCUCUUUUACGAGGAAGACCUGGUGGACAGCGGCUUCGAUUACGGCCAAGCCGCAAAACACUGCGGUUUGUUCACCGAGGUGUUUAGGGAGGUAGGUCCACUAAGGAGAAUCCAACAGGGCAAGAUGUUUCAAUUCCUCCAUGUGACCAUCCAGGAGUAUCUGGCCGCAAUGUACGUGAUGAUGAGCCUCUUCCAUGACAACAAGAACGUACUGGCCGAUUCAGAAAGGUCACUGAAAGGUCUUUUCAUGCCUUUUAAGCAGAUGACAAUCACGGAGGUCCACCAGUCAGCUCUCCAGAAAGCCUCCCAGAGUGACGGAAACCUAGACCUAUUCCUUCGAUUCCUCUUUGGCCUUUCCUUGCCGUGCGAUCAGGAACUAGUCAGGAAACUGCUAAAGGCUCCUGCGGACUGUGGGCAAAGCAUCUCAGACACGGUCAAGUGGAUCAAGACGAAAAUAGAAUGGAACACUCCAGAGAAGAACAUCAACUUGUUCUACUGCCUAAAUGAGAUGAAGGACGACUCCUUGUUGAAGCAGAUCCAGCAGGACCUACGUUCGGGAUGUGGGUCCUGGUGCGACAUGACAAAUGACAUGUGGUCAGGCCUGGCCUUCUCUUUGGUGAACGACGAUGAAACAAUGAAUUCCUUUGACCUAAAGAAGUACUCCUCAUCGGCGUUGGGGCUCGAGAUGCUGCUCUCGGUGGUCAAGGCUUCUCAAAAGUCAUUGCUUGACAAAUGUAACCUGGACAAACACAGCUGUCGUCUGCUGGCCUCCAUUCUCAGUUCACCAUCCAACCUAAGGCAUCUGGACCUGAGCCUGAACAAUCUCUCGGACGAGGGGAUCGAGAUCCUCUCGGAGGGACUGGCCAGCCAACACUGCCUUUUACAAGUCCUCGAUCUGUCAAGAUGCAAGAUCACAAAGCGAGGAUGUGUCUCAUUGGCAAAGGCUCUCAGGUCAAACCCCUCCCAUCUUCAGGAGCUGGAUCUUAACUACAACAAUCUGUCGGACGAGGGGGUCAAGAGUCUCUCAGAAGGACUGGCAAGCCCCGGCUGCAUCUUAAAAGUCCUCAGGCUGGAACGCUGCAAAAUCACAAAGCGAGGAUGCGUUUCAUUGGCCGAGACUCUCAAGUUAAAACCCUCCCAUCUUCAAAAGCUGGACCUGAGCUGCAAUGACCUUUGGGACGAGGGGGUCGAGGUUCUCUCGAAAGGGCUGGCCAGCCAACAAUGUAUCUUACAAGUCCUUGAACUGGAACGCUGCAAGAUGACGAAACAAGGAUGCGUUUCAUUAGCCGAGGCUCUCAAGUUAAACCCCGCCAAUCUUCAAGAACUGGCCCUGAACUUCAACGAUCUGUCGGACGAGGGGGUCGAGGUCCUCUCGACAGUGCUGGCCAUCCCAGACUGCACCUUAAAAGUUCUCGAGCUGGAACGCUGUAAGAUCACCAAACAAGGAUGCGUUUCAUUGGCCGAGGUUCUCAAUUUAAACCCCUCCCAUCUUCAAGAGUUGGCCUUGAACUUCAACGAUCUAUCUGACGAAGGGGUUGAGAUUCUCUCAAAUGGACUGUCUAGCCCAGGCUGCAUCUUAAAAGUGCUCGAGCUGUCAUGCUGCAAGAUCACAAAAGUGGGAUGUGUUCCAUUGACCAAGGCUCUGAAAUUAAACCCCUCCCAUUUCCAAGAGCUGGACUUGAGCGGCAAUGACCUGUCGGACGAGGGUGUCGAGAUCCUCUCCGAGGGACUGGCCAGCCCAGAUUGCAACUUAAAAGUCCUCGAGCUGUUCUACUGCAAGAUCACAAAGCGAGGAUGCGUUUCAUUGGCUGAUGCACUCAAAUUAAAAAAUACCCAUCUUGAAGAGUUGAAGCUCAGCGGAAAUGACCUGUCAGACGAGGGGGUUGAGAACAUCUUGAAAGUACUGGACAGCCCAAACUGCAUGUUAAAAGUCCUUGAGCUGUCAGACUGCAAGAUCACGAAGCAAGGAUGCGUUCACCUGGCCGAGAUGCUCAAAUUUAACCCCUUCCAUCUUCGAGAACUUGAUCUGAGCGGAAACGAUCUCUCGGACGAGGGGUUUGAGAUCCUCUCGGAGGGACUGGCCAGCCCACACUGCAUCUUAAAAGUCCUCAGGCUGGAACGCUGCAGGAUCACGGAGCGAGGAUGGCUUUCAUUUGCUGGGGCUCUAAAGUUAAACCCCUCCAAUCUUCAAGAGCUGGUCCUGAAAUUCAAUGUCCCGGAAGAAGAAGAAGAAAGGAGUGUCUUGUAGGAGGUCAAAAGGGAUCCCGCUUGGAGAUUGUCUAGUAGGAUCCAAACAAUCCUGCUUGUAAGAGUGUUCGUUCAGGUCCGAUUCAGACUCUUGUGUCUUUCUUCAGCUUUCACCGCUAGCAACAUUUGAUUCCUGGCGUCAGGACCGGCGAGUCGUUCAAAAUGUUGACUUUUCAUUACUUGAAGACGUCAAGUUGAAUCCGUUUGGUCUAAAAGCAGCUGUAC